AUAAACCCAUUCGCCUCACUCACAUUAACCACACUAAUUAUUCUAACCAUCCCAAUUAUAAUAUCCAACUCAAACAUCUACAAAACUAACCUUUACCCUAACUACGUAAAAACCACCGUAUCCUACGCCUUCACUCUCAGCCUAGUCCCCUUACUAAUAUUUAUACACACAGGCCAAGAAAUAAUCAUUUCAAACUGACAUUGAAUAACCCUACAGACCGUAGAACUCUCUCUUAGCUUUAAAAUAGACUAUUUCUCAGUAAUAUUCAUUCCCGUAGCACUAUUCGUCACAUGAUCAAUUAUAGAAUUCUCCAUAUGAUACAUACACUCAGACCCCUUCAUCAACCGAUUCUUUAAAUACCUAGUACUAUUCUUAAUCACUAUAAUAAUCCUCGUAACCGCCAACAACCUCUUCCAACUAUUUAUCGGAUGAGAAGGCGUAGGAAUUAUAUCAUUCCUGCUAAUUGGAUGAUGACACGGACGAACAGACGCCAACACAGCUGCACUACAAGCAAUCCUAUACAACCGCAUCGGAGACAUUGGAUUUGUCCUAUCCAUAGCAUGAUUCCUAACCCACUCAAACGCAUGAGAUCUUCAACAAAUCUUUAUACUAAACAAUGAAUGCCCAAACAUACCAUUAAUCGGCCUACUCCUAGCUGCAGCAGGAAAAUCAGCUCAAUUCGGACUACAUCCCUGAUUGCCCUCAGCAAUAGAAGGCCCAACUCCCGUAUCAGCAUUACUACACUCCAGUACAAUAGUAGUAGCAGGGGUAUUUCUACUCAUCCGCUUCUACCCCUUAAUAGAAACUAACAAACUAGUUCAAACUAUAACACUAUGCCUAGGAGCUAUCACCACCUUAUUUACAGCACUAUGUGCAAUCACACAAAAUGAUAUCAAAAAAAUCGUAGCCUUCUCAACUUCAAGCCAACUAGGCUUGAUAAUAGUGACAAUCGGCAUCAACCAACCCCACCUAGCAUUUCUUCACAUCUGCAUGCACGCUUUCUUCAAAGCAAUACUAUUCAUAUGCUCCGGAUCCAUUAUCCACAGCCUCAAUGACGAACAAGACAUCCGAAAAAUAGGCGGACUGUAUAAAGCAAUACCAUUCACAACAACAGCACUAAUUAUUGGAAGCCUGGCAUUAACAGGAAUGCCUUAUCUCACAGGAUUCUACUCAAAAGACCUUAUCAUUGAAGCAGUAAAUAUAUCCUACACAAACGCCUGAGCCCUACUAAUAACAUUAAUUGCCACAUCCCUAACCGCUGCCUACAGCACUCGAAUUAUCUUCUUUGCAUUCCUAGGGAAACCACGUUUCCCACCCCUAGUCCUAAUUAAUGAAAAUAACCCCCUACUAAUUAACUCUAUUAAACGCCUUUUAAUCGGAAGCAUUUUCGCUGGCUUUAUCAUCUCCAACAACAUCCCACCAAUAACAGUACCAAACACAACAAUACCCCUUUACAUAAAAAUAACAGCCCUAAUCGUAACCAUCAUAGGAUUCAUACUAGCCCUAGAGCUAAACAACACAACCUACUACCUGAAAUUUAAAUACCCCUCACAAACAUACAAAUUUUCCAACAUACUAGGAUAUUAUCCCUCCAUCAUACACCGCCUACCAACAUACCACAACCUAUCUAUAAGCCAAAAAUCCGCAUCAUCAUUACUAGACUUAAUUUGACUAGAAACUAUUCUACCAAAAACAACCUCUUUCAUCCAAAUAAAAAUAUCAAUCAUAGUAUCAAAUCAAAAAGGCCUAAUCAAACUAUACUUUCUCUCCUUCCUAAUCACUAUUAUAAUCAGCAUAACACUAUUUAAUUACCACGAGUAA